AUGGAAGGCAGGUUCUGGGAAUAUCUUACCUCGCCCCUUUUCACUUUUGUCAUCGGCGAUGGCGACGACAAGAAAGAAGUCACAGUACACUCCUCUGCCAUAGCCGGACUUUCCCCGGUUCUAAAUUCCCUCAUGAACGGCGAGAUGAUCGAAGCAAAGACCAGGCGCGUUGAAUGGUCAGAUGUUGACGGAAAUACAUUUGCUCGGCUUUGUGAAUUUGCUUAUUUGCGAAAUUACUCGCCCCCGAGUCCGUCUUAUAUUUCACCUCCAGAAGAGGCUGUGCCCAGUGAGCCUUGUGAAGAGCCAGCUAUCGAGCCCGAGCAGGGUUAUGGUUAUGGUGAAGCGGAACCUGCUGAGGCUUAUGAUGCCCCCAGCCAACGUACGGCACUAUCUGGGAUGACCAGGAAAAUGCUUAGAGAACACAUGAGGACCGCCACUAGCAGUCGUAAUAGGCCACCAUGGGCAACUGCUGAGGAACCUGAGGAGCCUGCGCCUGAGCCUGAGGAGCCUGAAAUUUAUCCAGAUUGCCAUCCCCAGGUUGAAGGUUCCCACAGUACUGAAAUUGAAAUCAAGUACAAAGAGAUCCAGACGACCACUUUACAAGAAUUAUUCUCGGAAACCUUGGUUGCAACCGACUCAAGUCUUCACGAUGAAUCCAACUUAGAAUUCAAACCUCCUAGGAACACAGAUCACCGCCAAGACUUUACACCUGUUUUCCUCGGUCAAGCCCGCCUUUACGUUCUCGCGGACAAAUAUCUUAUUGAAUCAUUACGCACCUUGAUCCUGGCUAAAAUGUUUGAGACUCUGGCCAACUUCAAGGUUUAUCCAAGCGGAAUUGAAGCCAUUGUUAAACUUGUCCGUUUUGUGUAUGAUAAUACACCACCAAAUUAUGGGGACAACAGUGACCCUAUGAGAGAUCUGGUGACACGGUUUGUGGUUUCUGUCCUUGGACAAAUUGGUGAAAGUAAAGCUUUCCAAGGGCUCUUAGAAGAUGGUGGCUCAUUUGUUGCUGAUUUUUGGCAUAUGGUCUGGGUGCACCAGUCCUAG